AUGGGGGUCCUGUUCCUCGUUAAUCAGAUAAACCUACCUGAUGGAAUUGAUCCCAAGAACAUAAAUGUAAUGUCAAUUACUAUCAAGACUUGCACUGUGGUAAGAGUUAACUUGGAGGGGGAGAAGAAACGGCAGGAAAACCUCCAGAAACACCUGGAGGAAGCCGAGAAUGCCCAGGCACAACUGAUCUUGAAAAUCAUCAGCAUGUUGAAAGAAGUGAGAGAACUGGAGACAACAUCGACGACUCUUCAGACUCUGCUUCAAGCCAAAGAAAGGGAGUUUGCCAAAGCUCAGGCUGAAAUAAAGGUCUAAACGAUCAUCGAGCUGUAGAGUGAGAUUUGGGACCUUCAGAAAGUUCCCAAUGAGACCACUGCUGGCCGUGUCGACGUUGCAGUUGAUGGCCUUUUGAGUGGAAUAGACGACAAAGGCGACGACAACACAAAACUGAUGCUGACCAUCAUGAGGCUGCAGAGUUGGGUGGAGCAGCUGAUCAAGCUCACAAAAGAUCUUGCAUCCAAGCAAGACGAGCUGCAGAAAUACAUCAACGAGCUUACAGAGAAGGAUGAGACGAACGCCAAAUUGAUUCUGAAAAUCACUGAUCUACACAACCAACUCAGAAAUCUAGAAAAAGAAAGGCACAAUGAGAGACAAAACACUUCUGCUGUAGUUACUGCUCUGCAGAACGAAUUGAACCGGACGGACUGUUCUACUUAUGUGCUCCAACUUAAAGAUUUGCAUAACAACCUUGAUGGCAAAAUGAAGGAACUGAGUACCAAAGCUGAGUCUGUAAAGGCCCUGACACACCAGGUUUCUACAUUAACAGUGCAACUGGACGAGCUAAAGAGACAACUACAAACCACUGAAUCUGAAAGCAAGAUAAAAAAACUUCAAAAAAUUAUUGAUGAGAAAAAUACAGAGCUGACGAAAAAAACCGAAGAGUUGAAAACGAGUGCUCAACGACUUUUACAGAUUAUUGCAAUACAAACCGAGAUUGGGAAAUUGUUGUAUGUGGCCGCGAAUGACACAGAUUACAAGAGGAUCAGAGAACUUCAAGAUCGUUUGAAUUAUUUGGUUGAUGGAAUACACGACAACGAAUAUACUAAACUGAUGUUUAAAAUCUUGACUCAACAAAAUGAAAUAGCAAGACUGGAGAAGCAAGAAAAGAGUCAGAGAGAAGCAGCAUCGGAGAGAAUCGGCUAUCUGGAGAAUCAACUGGAGGGCAUCAGAAACCUGAUUGCAGAGAUGAAACUGGUGCUGGACUCAAGUGAUAAGAGGAUAGCUAAUUUAACGGCUCAUAUUUUAGAACUUCACAAGAAUAUCAAACCACUGGAAGACGAGAUAUCAGAGCUUAAAGUUACAAGCUCUGAAAACACCAGAGAUAAAUAAUCAAGACUGGAUCUGACAAGGAGGCAACUGCAAGACAGUGAACUUCGACUCCAGGAGGCAGAUACGAAGAACUUAGAAAUGGUAAUGGAGAUCGCUGAUCUGAGGACACAACUGAAGAAAGCUCAGAAGAAGGCAGUUGCUGAAAGCAAUGCAAUGGAAUUGGAACAAAAACUACAAACACAACAAAGAGAGAACAGAAAACUUGAAAACGCAAAUAAAGACUUAAAGCAAGACGUCCAAGAACUGAAAACGAGCUGCAGUAAUGAUGUCAACCUCCAGUGUGACGAUUUACAAAGGCAACUGCAACAGAGCCAGGAGGACGCAGAUCGUCUGCAGCGGCAGUUGCAUGAAAAGGACGCCAACCAUAAAACGCUGCAGCAGGAGUUAGAAGAAAUGAGGAGGGAGAAAAACAAGCUGCAGGGCGCCUACCACAAUCUGCAAAAUGAGAAGAACAAUCUUGAAGAUAUUGUACAAGAUCUUCAAAACAAACUGAGUGAUGUGGAUGAUAAGACGAUCUAUGCCACGAAGUCGACCUUGGAUCCAAACACAGCCAACCCGCGAAUAUUGCUGUCGGCAGAUAACGCAGAGAUGUCCACUACUGAGCAAAUACAAAAUGUCCCUGACCACCCGGGCAGAUUUAAUAUCGCUCUCGCUGUCCUGGGCAUGGUCGGCUUCUCUUCUGGCAGACAUUACUGGGAGGUGUCUGUAGCCGGAAAGCUUUGUUACCACCUCGGUAUGGCCAGUGAAUCUGCCCAAAGAAGAGGAACGAUAAUUUUCAGUCCGACAAAAGGUUUCUGGACUGUAAUCCUCGACAAACAGGGUCAGUUUAAAGCUGUUGAAAGAAGACAUGCUAUUAUUCCAGUUGAGACGCAACCUCUUAGAUUGGGGAUUCUGCUGGACUAUAAAAAGGGCCAGAUCUCGUUUUACGACGCUGGCGCCAGAUCUCACUUGUACUCCUUUGUGCAGCAAAGCUUUACAGACAAAAUCUAUCCAUUUUGUGUUGAGGAUGUUGAAGGUCAGACACCUAUAGUGAUAAGCUCUCCUGGAUCAGUAGACUGGAUCAAAUAGAGAACAGGG